AAAAUUAAAAAACUUAAAUUUGGACAUGUUUUGCAAAAAAAAGUGUUAUGAAAAUGUAAAACGACUAUAUCUUUUGCAUACUAUAUGUUGUAUUAGUACUGUUGGCUAUGUACUAGUACUACUGUGCUUAUCCCGAUACCUUUUUGGUACUGUUAUCCAAGCUUUGUUGCAAACUUGUAACUGCUAAAAAUUUACGAGUCCCUUUUGAUGCCUUCUGUAUUUGAUGGAGUUACUUUAGUUUUUCACAAAUAUGCUUCUAAUAAUAACUCCCAUGUCCAUGUUCUUUUCUUGCACCUGAAUUGUAUAAUACUGCACAGUAUUAUUUUGUGUCAUCCUAAACUUUGUUUUUCAUGCGGAUUCUGCAAAUUUUCCAUCUUUAUCAGGAUAAUUCUGCACGCUGUUGGAUCUUUGAAAAAAAUCAACUUAAAGAAGCUCCCGUGCACACAAAUUUCCCAGAGCUAAAAGAAUCAAUAGAUCUCUCAGUAGUAUCUCAUCAAUGCUUUGGUCUUACACUUGCACCUGGAGAAGUAAUGAUUGCUGUGGUCCGCAGCUUGGAUCCAAAUAUGCUAGAUCAGAUGUAUCAAGCCAGGACACAAAAGGCAGUGGUUGAGUUCAUUUGGAUUAGUGGUCAGUUCCUUGGCAUUCCACUAAACAAGGACAUUUAUAUCUCCAACAAACAAUCUGCAAAGUCAUCCGAGACUAACUUCUUAUGGUGGGGUUCCAACAUUCUUUGGUCACUGAAGAAUUAUGAAAAAUGUGAAACCAGACUUGUCUUAUGGGAUGUCAUAGCUGCUUUACAAGUGCUCAUGAAAUCCGCACCAGCAUUUCUGGAGACACUAAUGCAUAAAUGGGUCUCAGAUUUGUUUUCAGAUGACCAACAACGUGUUUCUAUCGAUACCCUGUGUCAGUGUAGAAAGGACAUGAUGUCCAAUGUCAGCUCGCGGAAGCUACACCUGCUGAAUAUCAUUUGUAGGAAAGUAAUGCUUCGUGAUCCUGCUGGAGAAAAUGGUAAUAGCACGUCAACUGAUUUGUGGAGCAGUCUUCUGUUGAGCAGCGAAAGAGAGCUACGAGAGAGACUUGUGGCUUUCACUUUUGCUGCUGCCUUGAAUCGAAUGUCAUAUUUUCGCAAGGGCGCAUGUGCUGAAAACAUGUGGUUUCCUGUUGGUGUUGCCCAGAUGCGUUCUUGGGUGUCUAUGAACAGUGGAGGAGUGCAUAAUCAGCUCAGGUCUCUCAGUUCGACAAUUAAACGUCUUGGAAGCAGGAUCAUGUGUGAAUACUCAGCUAAAGAAACCUGUGCCUAUUGCUCCGCACCGGUUCACUUCGAGUCACCUGACAUAGCCUUGUGUGGAAGUGUCGAUCCUGCUAUUGUUCCCACAGAAAGGCACAAGCUGUCAAGAUGUGCAGCAUCGAUGCGCUUAUGCUCUGUUCUGGAACCAACCUGGUACUGUGUAUGUUGUGGAGGAAUGGUUGAUAAGCUUGUGCCCGAGACCUAUUUCACCAUGAAGACAUCUCCCUUGUUGGAUGCUGCCGAUCCAGAUGAUGAAUCGUCACUUUAUUCAGCACCUGCUGUUCCUCGUUGCCCCUUCUGCGGCAUACUGCUGCAGAGGUUGAUGCCAGAGUUCCUGCUCUCCGUCUGCCCGGUAUAGAAGCUAGUGGGACUUUUUUUGCUCAAGUGCACGUCGUCUCUUUUUGCAUUAUUGUGCGUUUGUUCUUUAUUCCUAGAGGCUGC